GAAAACUCAGAAAAGGGAUUUGGGGCUUAGAGUUAGGGCUAGGGUUUCGUUUGUGUGAACUGUGAACUGUGAACUGUGAAGUUCCUCUGCGCUCUGCCGAUCUGCGCCGCAGGCCCGCAGCUCUCCAUCGGACGACCUCUCGGAGUCGGCGAAUCCCCUGAGUCUUCAGCAGCUCGGUUCUCCAGCCUCUCGGCCCUCUCCUUCGGAGUUCGGACCUUCAGUCUCCUGGUUUCGCGAAUCCCUCCUCGCCGUCCUCGGUUCUUCCCUCGCGUGUCGCGUGGGCGUGGCGACGACUCUUCAGUCUUCACUCAGUGACUCAGUGUCUCAGCCACUCCACUCGGCACUCAGGUACCUUCGAGUCUUCGACUGUUCGAUGAUUUGCAGGAUGUGUUCCCACAAUAUGCAUGGGGGUUAAAUGGAGGAGUCAGAGAAGAGAAGGGAAAGACUGAAAGCAAUUCGUAUGGAAGCUGCUCAGGUUGGAGUUCGUAAUGAUGUUGAAACUUCUGCAAUGCCUGGUUGGCUUUCCAAUCCAUUAAUUGAAACUCCAGCAACUCAACCAGGGCAGGAUAUUUCAUGUGCCACUCCAAGGUUUGAUUUUUAUACGGAUCCGAUGUCUGCAUUCUCGGGUAACAAGAGGAGAAGCCAGAUUAGUAACCAGAGUCCGCAAGAUCAUUUUACAUCUCCUGCAGGACCGGGGAACUUUCCAACCACUCCGUCUCAUCAACUCCAAACCAAUUUUUCACCUGAUCAUAGAAUGGGCUAUGCACAGAGUCCCCUCAACAGCUAUGGUGCCCAUAGAAGCCCCAUGAGAAUGGUCAGUCCCUUCCCCAUGCAGCAAGGAACCUCACCUGGAGUCUGGAGUGGGUCUGUUGGCACAGUUAGUUAUUGCUAUCCACCUAAUUCAUCGAGGUCUGGUAAUAUUUCCAGCCCUGGCUUUGGACGAGGAGGUAGCCCUGGUUUCAGUUCUGGGCGAGGCAGGGGUCAGUGGCUCUGCAGUGGUUCCAGCUCUGGUUCUGGAUUUGGAGGCAGCCCUAGUCCUAAUUCAGGGAGAGGCAGGGGUCACUGGUCUGGGAACAGCCCUAGUCCUAAUUCAGGGAGAGGCAGGGGUCACUGGUCUGGGAACAACCCUAGCCCGAAUUUUGGACGGGGUGGCAGGAGAGCAAUGGGGUCUCAUGCACAUGCCUCGGCAGAGGAUAGGCCUGACCUGUUUUACAGCAAGUCCAUGAUAGAAGAUCCAUGGAAGUUUCUGGCGCCUGUUAUUUGGAGGGGGGAUUUUCUGGUAAAGAGUUCAAGUACUCCAGAUUCUCUUAAAUCCUGGCUCCCAAAGUCUAUUAGCAUGAAGAAAGCCAGGGUCUCUCAAACUCGUAACGAGUCUAGUUCUCAACCAAGCCUUGCAGAGUACUUGGCUGCCUCAUUCAAUGAAGCUGUUAAUGAUGCGUAAAGGGUGUUGUGUAUGGUCUCAUUACACAGAUCCCUCCCUCUUUCUGCACUACCAAGGAAGAUUCUUUGCUUUAAAAUGAGAGAGAGAGAGAGAAGGGGUAAUCUUGCUGCCUUUGAGAUUGUUGCAUUUAUAUUUUUCUGCUUGGUCUUACAGGGAUUGUAUGUGCAUUAAGCCAUUUGAAAGGGGAUAUGGAUGAAAUGUGUGGGGUUAUAUGUCAAAUCAAUAUUUGUAAUUGUUAAUUUAUUAUUAAAUUUUGGAUGAAAGAUGAAUUUCUUUUUUCCCA